CAACUAAUGAAUUCAAUUUUCAAAUUCGAUCUAACGCUGAAAUAAAUAAGUGCUUUAAUUCGAAGUACUUUGAUCAUAAGUUCCAUAAGUCAAUAACAUUACUUAAGAUUUCAAAGACUUUUUUUGACGGGAUCUCUCAUACAGAAGCAAACACGCGCUUGCACGUGAGGGACCUUCUCCAUCGCUGGAAAAUUCCAUAUAUAUUUUUUAACAUAAUUCCACGUGUCAAUCAGCAGAUCCACCUGUCUUCUUCACUUCUGCUUUUUAUUUCCCACUCUCUUCUGUCGUCUUCCGUCUUCCUCUGUCUGAUUCAGUGAGUAAAGAUUUGUCUUCGUUUUUCUUUGUAUGAUUGUAUCAGUGAGAACCCAACAACCUCCAAAUUCUUCCAACUUCCUCAGGUUUCAAAGGAAUCCAAUGAAAAAUAUAUACAAAUGUUGAAAAUUCCUCCGAGAUUCUUCUCUGUUUACUCAACUCUCAUCCACAUUAUUGCCUCCUUCCUCUGCUCCUCCGACGUCAGAGGCGAUUUUCCGGCGACGAGAUUCGAUCUCGGAACGUUGACUCUCUCAAGUCUCAAGCUUCUCGGGGAUGCUCAUCUCAACAACGGAACUAUUAAGCUCACUCGUGAACUCUCUGUUCCCACUUCCACCGCCGGGAAAGCUCUUUAUGGAAAACCGGUUAAAUUCCGGCACCCGGAGACUAAAUCACCGGCAAGCUUCACCACUUACUUCUCCUUCUCGGUAACGAAUCUCAAUCCUUCCUCAAUUGGCGGUGGAUUAGCUUUCGUAAUCUCCCCUGAUGAAGAUUACUUAGGAUCCGCCGGUGGAUUUCUCGGUCUAACCGAAGAAACCGGAUCCGGGUCGGGUUUUGUGGCGGUUGAAUUCGACACGCUGAUGGAUGUACAAUUCAAAGACGUUAACGGGAAUCACGUGGGAUUGGAUCUAAACGCCGUCGUUUCAGCCGCGGUAGCCGAUUUAGGAAACGUCGACAUCGAUCUCAAGAGCGGAAACGCCGUGAAUUCAUGGAUCACUUAUGACGGGUCGGGUCGGGUUUUAACAAUUUACGUCUCUUACUCAAACGUGAGACCUAAAUCGCCGAUUUUGUCGGUUCCUCUCGAUCUUGAUCGUUACGUGAACGAUUCGAUGUUCGUCGGAUUCUCUGGAUCAACGCAAGGAAGCACAGAGAUUCACAGUAUCGAUUGGUGGAGCUUUACUUCAUCUUUCGAUUCAUCGGAAUCUCCACCGCCGAUGUCUAAUUCUCCUCCUCCAUCGUCUCCGUCGUCAACUUCGAUCACACCAUCCGUAUCCACCGUCCGGAAGAAAACCGCCGAUCCAUCGUCUUCUUGCCGUAACAAACUCUGUAAAAAAUCACCAGCCGCCGUCGCCGGAGUAGUAACAGCCGGAGCAUUUUUCUUAGCACUAUUCGCCGGAGUCAUAAUCUGGGUUUACUCCAAAAAGAUCAAAUACAAUCAAAAGUCUGAAUCUUUCGCAUCGGAAAUCAUGAAAUCGCCGAGAGAAUUCACUUACAAGGAGCUGAAAUUAGCCACCGACUCUUUCAGCUCAUCGAGAGUCAUCGGAAACGGCGCAUUCGGCACCGUCUACAAAGGAAUCUUACCGGAUACCGGCGAAAUCAUCGCAAUCAAAAGAUGCAGCCAUAUUUCUCAAGGGAACACCGAAUUCUUAUCAGAAUUAUCUUUAAUCGGAACACUCCGUCACCGGAAUCUUCUCCGUCUUCAAGGCUACUGCAGAGAAAAAGGCGAAAUUUUGUUAAUUUACGAUCUAAUGCCUAAUGGAUCACUCGAUAAAGCACUUUACGAGUCUCCGACGACGUUACCAUGGCCUCACCGGAGAAAAAUCCUUCUCGGAGUCGCUUCCGCUUUGGCUUAUUUGCAUCAAGAGUGCGAGAAUCAAAUUAUUCACCGUGAUGUCAAAACAAGUAACAUCAUGCUCGACGCGAAUUUUAAUCCGAAAUUAGGCGAUUUUGGACUCGCGAGGCAAACGGAGCACGAUAAAUCGCCGGACGCAACCGCCGCUGCUGGAACAAUGGGGUAUUUAGCGCCGGAGUAUUUGUUAACCGGUCGAGCGACGGAGAAAACCGACGUUUUUAGCUAUGGAGCCGUUGUUCUAGAAGUAUGCACUGGUAGAAGACCCAUAACCCGACCCGAACCGGAACCCGGUUUAAGACCUGGUUUGAGAUCGAGUUUGGUAGAUUGGGUUUGGGGUUUGUAUAGAGAAGGGAAGCUAUUGACGGCGGUGGAUGAACGGUUGAGUGAGUUUAACCCGGAGGAGAUGAAUCGGGUUUUGAUGGUGGGCCUUGCUUGUUCACAACCCGACCCGAUAACUCGGCCCACUAUGAGAAGUGUGGUUCAGAUACUUGUUGGUGAAGCUGAUGUGCCGGAAGUUCCGACUGCGAAACCGUCUUCGUCAAUGAGCUUUAGUACGUCGGAGUUAUUGCUUACGUUACAAGACAGUAUAUCGGACUGUAACGAAGUUUUGGCUCCGAUCUCAACGACUUCUUCGUCGUCGGAACACGACAUCUUCAUUGUCGGCAAGGAUCGAUCGGUUUAAAAAUAAUAUUUAUUCAAAUGACAAAUUUAUUAUAAAAUUCGAAGCACAAUUUUGUACGUAAAUUGAAAAUAAACAAAAUCCAAAAACUUUAUACUAAUUUUAAAAAAUGUUGGAAGUAUAUGUAUAUUUUCUGUUCGAUUUAAUAAUUCUUGGUUUUGGAACCUCCAGAGUCCAGACUACAGUUUGUAACAACAAUGUGUAUAAAAUAUUUUCGAUUCAAUAGAGAGAAAUGUUAAUAUUA